UGAGCGCGCACUGAAGAAUGGUGUGACUCUGCCGACACCUUGCGGCUGAAUGUUUCAAUACCAGUGUACGCAUUACAUCCGUGUGUGUGAUGUUUCUGAGGUGUGCUUAUGUGUGUCUGUGUGAGUUUAGACAUGAGCAGACCUAUAGUAGCGUUAACAGUCGUGUUUUGAAAAAACUGGAGGAAAUCCACCGCGUGGGACCUCAGUUGCCUGCCGUCGCUUCCUGAUUGGUUUCAUUUUGAACAUGGCGGCUGUUAGUAAGUAUUUGACAGCCGGCAAUUCCUCCAUCGCAGGUGCUUUGCUGUUCGCCGUGUACAUAUUAAAACAAAGACUGUCUUCGGAAACCGAUGGAGAGAAAGGGGCAUCAAAACCACUGCUGGACAUUGAUAAGGAUAGAAAGACUGACAAAGCUGCGGUGGACAAGGUGUUCUUCAGGCGCAUUUGUCAUAUCAUGAAAAUCCUGUUGCCACAAACCUUUUGCAAAGAGUCAGGAUAUUUGCUUCUAAUCGCUGCCAUGCUCAUGGCCAGAACUUAUUGUGACGUCUGGAUGAUACAUAAUGGGACCAUGAUUGAGAGUGCAAUUAUUGGACGUUCGACAACCACUUUCAAAAGAUACUUGGUCAACUUUAUCACAGUCAUGCCUUUUAUAUCUCUAGUGAAUAACUUGUUAAAGCUGGGACUGAACCAACUGAAGCUGUGUUUCCGAGUGAGACUUACCAAUCACCUUUACAAUGACUACUUGAUGGGGUUCACAUACUAUCAAAUUGGCAACCUGGACAACCGUAUUGCCAACCCAGACCAGCUGAUAACUCAAGAUGUGGAGAAGUUCUGUGACAGUGUGGUGGACCUUUAUUCCAACGUCAGCAAGCCUCUGCUAGACAUAUUGAUCUACAUCUGCAAAUUGAACACAGCCAUUGGGUCUCUUGGUCCCGCUAGUCUGCUGAGCUAUCUGUUGUUCUCUGGUCUGCUUCUGACAAGACUGCGCAGACCGAUUGGCAAGAUGACCGUAAUGGAGCAGAGGUACGAGGGGCAGUACAGAUACGUCAACUCUCGCCUCAUCACUAACAGUGAGGAGAUUGCAUUCUACAAUGGAAACAGGAGAGAAAAACAAACUAUUAAUGGAACCUUUCAGAAACUGGUGGACCACUUGAGUCGCUUCAUACACUUUCGUUUCUCAAUGGGUGUCUUGGACAGCAUCAUAGCCAAAUACAUUGCCAUGGCGGUGGGCUACCUGGUUAUUAGCCGGCCAUUCCUGGACCUCACAAACCAGCGGCAUGUGAACAGCACAUACUCUGAGCGACUGGAAGACUACUACCAGAGUGGGCGGAUGUUGAUUAGUUUGGCGCAGGCCCUGGGAAGGAUCGUCCUGGCAGGCAGAGAGAUGAACAGACUGUCCGGGUUCACUGCACGGAUUACAGAAAUUCAGGAAGUCCUUAAGGAGCUGAAUUCAGGCAGAUAUGAACGGACCAUGGUUACACAGAGAAUCAAAGAUGAUUCAGUAGAGAAAAUCCCUCUUAUCCCUGGGAGAGGUAAAAUCAUCAUCGCAGACAACAUUAUCAAGUUUGAACACAUACCUUUAGUGACGCCCAAUGGAGACAUUCUUAUCCGUGACUUGUCUUUUGAGGUGUCAUCUGGGACAAAUGUGUUGGUCUGUGGGCCCAACGGCUGUGGAAAGAGUUCACUCUUCAGAGUGCUGGGAGAGCUGUGGCCUCUGUGUGGAGGACAACUCACAAAACCACAGAGAGGGAAACUCUUCUAUGUUCCUCAGAGGCCCUAUAUGACACUGGGUUCCCUUAGAGAUCAGGUGAUUUAUCCUGACACACAUGAAGACCAAAAGAAGAAAGGAACAUCCGAUCUGGUGCUAAAGGAAUAUCUAGACAAUGUCCAGCUGGGACAUAUCCUUGAGAGAGAGGGCAGCUGGGACAUUGUGCAGGACUGGAUGGAUGUCCUCAGUGGAGGAGAGAAGCAGAGGAUGGCUAUGGCUCGUCUGUUUUACCACAAGCCCCAGUUUGCUAUUCUGGAUGAGUGCACCAGUGCUGUGAGCGUGGAUGUGGAGGACUUCAUCUACAGCCACUGUCGAAAGGUUGGCAUCACACUGUUCACAGUCUCCCACAGGAAAUCACUAUGGAAGCACCACGAGUAUUACUUGCACAUGGAUGGAAGAGGAAACUACAAGUUUAAACCCAUCACGAAGGAAACAGUGGAGUUCGGAUCAUAAUAAUGACACUGGACCUAAAUGUGGAUCUGAAGCAAUAUCAUUCUGAAACUAAUGAAAUCGUAACUCUUUCUAGAAGACGCUGCUGAAAUAACUGCUUUUCUUCUUCUGAGGGAAAGGAUUGUAACUGUGGAUAAAUAUCUCUCAGGGAGAGGUUAAUGUGCAAAAAGAAUAAUCAAAAAAUAAUAAUAAUAAUAAUAAUUGUAAGGAAUAAAAUUGGGUUUGACACCCCUUUUAAGAAUCAA